AUGGCUGGUAGUAAUGAAGUCAGCGUCAAUGAAUCCAAGAAAGUUGUUCCGCUCAACACAUGGGUACUAAUCUCCAAUUUCAAGCUAGCUUACAACCUCCUCCGCCGCGCUGACGGAACGUUCAACCGCGAGCUGGCGGAGUUCCUCGAACGGAAAGUCCCCGCCAACGUAACUCCGGUUGACGGGGUUUUCUCGUUUGAUCACGUCGACACAGCCACCGGCCUCCUCAACCGUGUUUAUAAAUUUGCCCCCAAAAACGAGUCGCAAUGGGGCAUUUCGGAUCUUGAGCAGCCCUUGAGCACCACCAAGGUCGUCCCGGUCAUAAUCUUCUUCCACGGCGGAAGCUUCACACAUUCCUCAGCCAACAGCGCCAUCUACGACACCUUCUGCCGCCGCCUUGUCAACACUUGCAAGGCUGUUGUAGUCUCUGUAAACUACCGCCGUUCGCCUGAACAUCGGUAUCCUUGUGCUUAUGAAGACGGAUGGGCGGCUCUCAAGUGGGUGAAAUCGAGAAAGUGGCUGCAGAGCGGGAAGGGUAAGAACUCGAAAGUUCACGUUUACCUAGCUGGAGACAGCUCGGGCGGCAACAUUGCUCACCACGUCGCAGUCAAGGCGGCAGAAGCGGAGGUUGAGGUGCUCGGAAACAUCCUUCUCCACCCGAUGUUUGGGGGGCAGAAGAGAACAGAAACAGAGAAGAGAUUGGAUGGGAAGUACUUCGUAACAAUACAAGACCGUGAUUGGUACUGGCGGGCAUUUCUGCCAGAAGGCGAAGACAGAGAUCAUCCGGCGUGUCACGUUUUCGGCCCGAGGGACAAGAGCCUCGAGGGCUUGAAAUUUCCCAAGAGUCUUGUUGUUGUGGCCGGUUUCGAUCUCAUGCAAGAUUGGCAAUUGGCUUAUGUGGAAGGGCUUAAAAACGCAGGGCAGGAUGUGAAGCUUCGGUUCUUAAAGCAGGCGACGAUCGGGUUCUACUUCUUGCCGAACAACGAGCAUUUCUACUGCCUCAUGGAGGAGGUGAAGAGCUUCGUGAAUCCUGACUGUUAA